AAGUCUGUAGCUUUCAGAGGCGACUAGAGAAAUCCUUUCCUGUCUAUCUCUGUUUCUUUUCUUUUCUAUUUCAUAAAGAUGGAAGCUGUUGGGGAGAAGAGAUAUGCUUUGCUGAUGGCUGCAAGAGACUCCGAUUAUGUGAAGAAAGUGUAUGGUGGGUACUUUAAUGUGUUUCUUAAUGCAUUUGCAGAUGAAGGGGAAACAUGGGAGAUGUUCAGUAUUGUUGAUGGAGUGUUCCCUGACUUUGAUGACCUUCAUAAGUACCAUGGUUUUAUAAUCAGUGGUAGUCUUUAUGAUGCUUAUGGAAAUGACCCAUGGGUACUGAAGCUUUCCUCUCUGCUUCGAAAACUGGACUCCAUGGGGAAGAAGGUGCUAGGAAUAUGCUUUGGCCAUCAGGUUUUGUGCCGAGCAUUGGGUGGUAAGGUUGAGAGAGCUUGUGGUGGAUGGGACCUUGGGUUGAGGAAAGUCAACAUGGUGAGGGGCUUACCCCCUUGUAGCAUCUUUGAUGGCUUACAAGAGAUUCCAUCCACUCUCACCAUUAUUGAGUGUCAUCAGGAUGAGGUGAGGGAGGUCCCUAUGGGUGCUAAAGUGAUUGCCUUCUCUGACCAGACAGGAGUGGAGAUGUUUGUUCUUGAUCACCACAUAUUAGGGAUUCAAGGCCACCCUGAAUACACCAAAGAUAUCUUAUGUAAUAUAAUUGAUCGUCUUGCUAACAACUACUCCAUAAAGAAAGAAUUUGCUGAGCGUGUGAAAUCGAGAUUGGAGCUGGCCGAACCAGAUAGGAAGUUUUGGUUAAAGAUUUGCAAGAACUUUCUGAAGGGGGGACAGGUUAUCUAUCCUGAAUUUGCCUGGCUUUCUCUCCCAUUUUCAAACUUGAAGAUGAUGUAA